AUGAAAGACAGCAUCAGUGGCAAUACUGAAGCCAUACUAUCAGACAGAUCAGUUGAGAUCUCACCAGCCCAAAUUGAAGAGAAUUUAAGAUUGAUUGAAGAUUUAAAAUUCUUCUUAGCUACAGCUCCUGCAAAUUGGCAAAAGAAUCAAAUCAUAAGAAGAUACUAUUUGAACCAUGAUGAAGGGUUCGUGUCAUGUGUUUUCUGGAACAAUCUUUAUUUCAUCACAGGUACUGAUAUUGUUCGUUGUAUUGUCUAUAGAUUUGAACAAUUUGGAAGAGAGAUUACAGAUAGAAAAAAGUUUGAAGAAGGUAUAUUUUCAGAUCUUAGAAGUUUAAAAUGUGGGUCGGAUGCUGUUUUGGAAGCUUCAAAGUCUCCAUUUUUGGAUUUCCUUUACAAGAAUUCAUGUUUAAGAACUCAAAAGAAGCAAAAGGUGUUUUUUUGGUUUAGUGUUCCUCAUGAUAAAUUAUUUGCUGACGCUUUGGAAAGAGAUUUGAAAAAGGAGAAACAGAAUCAAGCUGGUACCACAAAAUCUAAGACUGAACCUGCCCUAUCAUUUGGUUAUGAU